CAUGAGAUUGUCUGUGAUUGUUGCUUUUUCUCCACAGCAGCUGAAUGCAUAUCUGCUUUAAUCAGACUCAAAAAGCAUUCUUUUUUAAAUAAGAAAUUAUUUCUGCAGGCUUGAUGUCCAGCCAGCAUGAAAUUAUAAUUUAUUUAAUCCUUUUACACACCGAUGGCUGGAAGUGUGUUACAGCAGUUAAAACCAAGAAACAUGUUUUAUCUGUAAUUAGACACAUUAUUCAAGUAGUCUGAUUAUUAGUGUUGAAAUAGUAUGAUUCUGAGCAAAGUACAGAGGGAGGAGCAACAAAACUGCAAAGUCACGGCCUCAUGAACAAUAUGUUUAGAAUCUCCUUCACAGUCUUGAUCUUUACUUUCUCUCUCGCAACAUACACAAACCAAAAAUAAAAAGCUAAAGUUAAAAUAAGCAAAUUAUAAAGGAAACGUCGGUAUGACAGCUUCUUUACAUGCAUUUUGUCUGCUCUCAGCACCGGUACCGUAAGUGCACAAUUACACGCGCAACACAGCAAAAAGUGCGACUGGCUUUGACCGCAGAGAAACGAAACCUACAGUAUUUCCCUGCUUCACGAGCCUCUGCUUAAGGAGCCACACUGUUCUAGUUUGGCUAAAGCUGUAGAGCAGCAAAUAUUUUACUUUUGUUUUCUGUCAAAGCAGCAGAGCAGUUUCUAUUAGAGGUAUAAACUAUCUGCAAAGAAAUGGCUGAAUCUGCAGCGUGUCAGUAUGAGGAUCAGUUCAUCUGUUCAGUCUGUUUGGGUCGGCUGAAGGAGCCGGUGACGAUUCCCUGUGGACACAGUUACUGUAUGAGCUGUAUUACUGACUGCUGGGGCCGGAAGGAGCAGGAGCCGCCGUACCGCUGUCCCCAAUGCAGAGAGAGCUUCAGUCAGAGACCUCUACUGAAGAAGAACACUCUGAUAGCUGAGAUGAUGGAGACGCUGCAGAAGACGUCUCUACAAACGGCUGCUGUGGAGUGUGAUGUUUGCACUACAGAGAAGAGCAGAGCUGUAAAGUCCUGUCUGCAGUGCUUGGCCUCCUUCUGUCAAACUCACCUGCAGCCUCACUAUCAAUCUCCUGUGUUUAUGAAGCACAAACUAGUCGAAGCCUCCAGAAGCAUUCAGGAGAACAUCUGCCUCCGUCAUGAAAAACCUCUAGAUAUUUACUGUCAGGAUGAUGGUCAAUGUGUUUGUUAUUUGUGUAUGAUUGAUAACCAUAAUGGCCACAGAGUGGUGUCUGUGGAUUCAGAAUGGACUAGUAAAAAGCUGACAGAACUCAGAAAAAGACAAACAGAGAUUGAGAAACUUCUGAUUACUGAUGAUCAGGUCAAUUUUCUGAAGAGCUGUCAGUCUGCGUGUGUUUUACCCACAUUUGAAGACGUUCCCAGCUUCACUCAACACACUCAUCUGUCUUUUAAAGACAUUUCAAUCUCAGCAUUCAGAGAGGUUUUGGAGGACGUCUGUCAACAGCAAACAGCCAGAAUAUCUCAAGACGUGUCUUCUUUAGGGUCUCCAGAACCUAAAUCUCCAAAGGAUUUUUCCCAGUAUUUCUGUGACAUUCGCCUGGAUCCAAACACUGCACACAAAUGCCUCAUCCUGACAGAAAAUGGCAGAAAAGCUUCAUUUUCAUAUGAAGUCCAGAGAUCAUAUGAUCAUCCAGAGCAAUUUGACAGUUUUCCUAAUGUCCUGUGUAGAGAGGGCUUGUAUGGUCGCUGUUACUGGGAGGUUGAGUGCAGUGGAAAUGACUGGUCUGUAGCAGUUUCCUACAGAGGAAUUGGUCGUAAAGGACAAAGUAAUGACUGCAGACUUGGGUUUAAUAACAAGUCCUGGAGACUGACCCACUGUCGCCAGGAUUUCUAUGUCAGACAUGAUGAUAAACAAGUCCAUCUCUUUCCUUUCCAUUCCUCUAGAAUAGGAGUGUAUCUGGAUCACAGAGCAGGAACUCUGUCCUUCUACAGCGUCUCUGACACAAUGACUCUUCUUUACACAUUCCAGACCACAUUCACUGAACCCCUCUACCCCGCAUUUGGGAUUGGAGAAAGAUUUAUCAGGAUCAUAGGGCAUUCUUAAAUCCCACAAAUAAAAGACAAGCAAAAUUUCCUAAACUCACUAUGUUUUUGCAUACUCUGUACGAUUAAACCCAAGACUGCAGUUCAUCAUUAAGACAAAUGGUGUCAACUUUAGCUUGUCAAUUCGUUUUCAUUUGUGUGUGAACUGAUUCUCAAAGUAAAGCCUUCUGCUGUGACUUUGCUAUUGUGGUUCUGAAUCAUGAUUUUCUAUUUAUUUUUUAUUUGUGAGGGUUUAUAUAAACAAAUAUAACCUCUGUGUAUUGUCUUUAUAUGUUUGUAUUAUACCCUGCAUGAGCAUAUUAUUAGGGCAUGUAAAUGCGUACUUCACAUUUGCAUUCUGCCUUCUUAUGGGAAGCAAUUAUAGCAUAUACAGUAAUGAAUAUGGUAUGUUAUUUUACAGUGUUUUCACUGUUUUCUUGAAUGAGAUGCAUAUAUAGAGCUUACCUGGAUGUCAUUUUGUGGCAAUUUUGUUUUCCCUGCAUAUUGCUUUAUAUGUAUUAAAUGGGCAUGCAAAUGUGAAUUGUUCUGUUUACAUGCAACAUAUUGCUAUAAAAAUAAAAGUAUUGUA